CCUGUGUCUGUGGAUUCUCAGGGUGGUCAGAUUUUUCCCCUCUCCCUCUCGGCUAUCAGCUGCUUUGGAGACUAGUUUCAUUGUGAGAAUUCUUUCUUUAAAGCAAAAUGGAGCGACUGCUUUCACAGGGGUGCCAGUCUCUUUGCUUUUACCCCAUCCGAAGCCAACAUGUCACUGAAAAAUGAGCCAAGAGUAAAUACCUCUGCACUGAGGAAAAUUGCUGCUGACAUGAGUAAUUUGAUAGAGAAUCUGGACACGCGGGAGCUCCACUUUGAGGGAGAGGAGGUGGAUUAUGAUGUGUCUCCCGGCGAUCCCAAGAUACAGGAAGUGUAUAUCCCUUUCUCGGUUAUUUAUAAGACUCAAGGAUUCAAGGAGCCGAAUAUACAGACAUAUCUCUCUGGCUGUCCAAUAAAAGCCCGGGUUCUGGAAGUGGAGCGCUUUACAUCUACGACAAGGGUACCAAGUACCAAUCUUUACACUAUUGAGUUAACACAUGGGGAAUUUAAAUGGCAAGUUAAGAGGAAAUUUAAGCACUUUCAAGAAUUUCACAGAGAGCUGCUCAAGUACAAAGCCUUUAUCCGAAUCCCCAUUCCCACCAGGAGACACACAUUUAGAAGACAGAAUGUAAAAGAAGAGCCUCGAGAGAUGCCGAGUUUGCCCCGUUCAUCAGAAAACAUGAUCAGAGAAGAACAAUUCUUUGGUAGAAGGAAACAACUGGAAGAUUACUUGACAAAGUUACUAAAAAUGCCCAUGUAUAGAAACUAUCAUGCAACAACAGAAUUCCUUGAUAUAAGCCAGCUGUCUUUCAUCCAUGAUUUGGGACCAAAGGGCAUAGAAGGUAUGAUAAUGAAAAGAUCCGGGGGACACAGAAUACCAGGCUUGAAUUGCUGUGGUCAGGGAAGAGCCUGCUACCGAUGGUCAAAAAGGUGGUUGAUAGUGAAAGAUUCCUUUUUAUUGUAUAUGAAACCAGACAGCGGUGCUAUUGCCUUCGUCCUGCUGGUAGAUAAAGAAUUCAGAAUUAAGGUGGGGAGAAAAGAGACAGAGACGAAAUAUGGACUCCGAAUUGAUAAUCUUUCAAGGACCCUUAUUUUAAAAUGCAAUAGCUAUAGACAUGCUCGGUGGUGGGCAGGGGCUAUAGAAGAAUUCGUCCAGAAACAUGGCACCAACUUUCUCAAAGAUCAUCGAUUUGGGUCGUAUGCUGCUAUCCAAGAGAACACUUUAGCUAAAUGGUAUGUUAAUGCCAAAGGAUAUUUUGAAGAUGUGGCAAAUGCAAUGGAAGAGGCCAAAGAAGAGAUUUUUAUCACAGAUUGGUGGUUGAGUCCAGAAAUCUUCCUGAAACGCCCAGUGGUUGAAGGAAAUCGUUGGAGGUUGGACUACAUACUUAAACGAAAAGCACAACAGGGGGUGAGGAUCUUCGUAAUGCUCUAUAAAGAGGUGGAACUUGCUCUUGGGAUCAACAGUGAAUACAGCAAGAGGACUUUAAUACAUCUACACCCCAACAUAAAGGUGAUGAGGCACCCAGAUCAUGUGUCGUCCAGUGUAUAUCUGUGGGCUCAUCACGAGAAACUCGUCGUCAUCGACCAGUCAGUGGCCUUUGUGGGUGGGAUCGACCUGGCCUAUGGAAGGUGGGAUGACGAUGAGCACAGACUCACAGACGUGGGCAGCGUGAAGCGUGUUGCUGUGGGACAGUCUCUGGGUUCCCUCACAGCUGAAACAACAGAGUCUAUGGAAUCCUUAAGCCUCAAAGAUAAAAAUGGAUCUAAUAAAAAUCUACCCAUCUUGAAGAAUGGUGAUAAUAUGGAUUCAAAACCAAAAGGAAUAGGAAAGCCCAGAAAGUUCUCCAAAUUUAGCCUCUACAGGCAGCUCCACAGGCACCAGUUGCACAACACGGACAGCAUCAGCAGCAUCGACAGCGCCUCCAGUUAUUGUAAUCACUAUAGAAGUCGUCAGAAUUUAAUCCAUGGCUUAAGACCCCAUUUGAAACUCUUUCGCUCCUCCAGUGAGUCUGGGCAGGGGCCCCCUAGACCUCACGCUGACACUGGCUCCAUCCGCAGUUUGCAGACAGGCGUCGGGGAGCUCCAUGGGGAAACCAGAUUCUGGCAUGGAAAGGACUACUGCAAUUUUGUCUUCAAAGACUGGGUUCAACUUGAUAAACCCUUUGCUGAUUUCAUUGACAGGUACUCCACUCCCCGGAUGCCAUGGCAUGAUAUUGCCUCUGUGGUCCACGGGAAGGCGGCUCGUGACGUGGCACGUCACUUCAUCCAGCGCUGGAACUUCACAAAGAUUAUGAAACCAAAAUAUCGGUCCCUUUCUUAUCCUUUUCUACUUCCGAAAUCUCAAACGACAGCCCAUGAGUGGAGAUAUCAAGUGCCUGGCUCCGUCCAUGCUAACGUGCAGUUGCUCCGCUCUGCUGCUGACUGGUCUGCCGGUAUCAAGUACCAUGAAGAGUCCAUCCACGCUGCUUACGUCCAUGUGAUAGAGAACAGCAAACACUACAUCUAUAUAGAAAACCAGUUUUUCAUAAGCUGCGCUGAUGACAAAGUUGUGUUCAACAAGAUAGGUGACGCCAUUGCCCAGAGGAUACUGAAAGCUCACAGGGAAAGCCAGAGAUACCGGGUGUAUGUGGUGAUACCACUUCUGCCAGGGUUCGAAGGAGACAUUUCAACCGGUGGAGGAAACGCUCUCCAGGCAAUAAUGCACUUCAACUACAGAACCAUGUGCAGAGGAGAAAAUUCCAUCCUUGGACAGUUAAAAGCAGAGCUUGGCAAUCAGUGGAUAAAUUACAUAUCAUUCUGUGGUCUCAGAACACAUGCAGAGCUUGAAGGAAACCUAGUCACUGAGCUCAUCUAUAUCCACAGCAAGCUGCUAAUUGCUGAUGACAACACUGUUAUUAUUGGCUCUGCCAACAUAAAUGACCGAAGCAUGCUGGGAAAGCGUGACAGUGAGAUGGCUGUCAUCGUGCAGGACACAGAGACAGUCCCUUCAGUAAUGGAUGGAGAAGAGUACCAAGCGGGCCGGUUUGCCCAGGGACUUCGGCUGCAGUGCUUUAGGGUUGUCCUUGGCUAUCUUUCUGACCCAAGUGAAGACAUUCAGGAUCCAGUGAGUGACAAAUUCUUCAAGGAGGUGUGGGUUUCAACAGCAGCUCGAAAUGCUACAAUUUAUGAUAAGGUGUUCCGGUGCCUUCCCAAUGAUGAAGUACACAAUUUAAUUCAACUGAGAGACUUCAUAAGCAAGCCCAUAUUAGCAAAGGAAGAUCCCAUUAGAGCUGAGGAAGAAUUGAAAAAGAUCCGUGGGUUCUUGGUGCAAUUCCCCCUUUAUUUCUUGUCUGAAGAAAGCCUACUGCCUUCUGUUGGAACCAAAGAAGCCAUAGUGCCCACAGAGGUCUGGACUUAAGAGUUGUUUUCAUUUGCAGCUCAAGGACUUCCACAUGAAGAGUACACUGCACACAGUGACUUUCUGGAGACCCUGACAGCCAACGCCAGCCCUGAUGCACCCUUUUAUCCAACCAAUGGACCCUUUGGAUUGGCUGGGAAGGGCUACAGUCGCACUGAUAUAGGACACUGAACAUCAGGAGGGCUUUAUAAUUCCUCCUGCCUGUCCUUGUGAAAAAGGGACUGUCUUCUUAUUGGUAGCAUAUACUUAACAACUUAAACACAUACUCAGAUUCCAUGAUGUACACCAAAAUGUGUUUCCUUUGCUAACAAGAACUUACCUGUAACUGUGAUCUAGGUUGCCAAAAAUUGUCUGAACCUCCUUAUUCUUCUCUGACCCUCCUUUAUGCAGCUGAUGUCUGCUGGACCUGCCCUCGUCUCAUAGUCCAUACAGAUACUGUUUGAGACAUUUUUUAUUAUUAGAAGAUGUUGUGAUGCUGCUUCAAGGUUCUUCAAGGUUACAUGGGAUGCCGCUGCCCUUCUGGUCCUGAAGUAAUAAUGUUCACCCAACCAAGAACAUGGUCUUUAUUCCUUUGUAGCAAUUGAGAGGACAGGACAGUCUUUACACAGCAGUCCAUGUUAGGCACUUCUGAUAACAUCGACACUAUGUAUCUUGACACCACAGAGCAACAGGAAGGAAUUAAAUUCGGUUAUCAAGGCAGAGAUUUCACGUUGCCUCCAAAGGCACUGACAAGGUGUGUCCUUUUGAUAGGGCCACCUGAUCAAAUUUGAAAACAAGCAUAGGAUAUUUGAUUACACAGCAACCGAUAAAACUCAAAGACAGAGCAGGCAGCCUUCAGAAACCUCCAAGGUGUCGGUGGGGAUCUGAUCCAGAUAAGAAAAGAAGAUUCCUUAUAGUCCUGUAAAAUUUCUUAUCAUUCUUAGCUCCUGGAUUGAUUGAAAUUUGAGUUUCUACAUUUCAGAAUCAAACCAGUGAAUGUGAUUUGCCUUUCAAGAGCAUCAGAGACUUCAUAACUCCUACCAAGUUAAUAAGUAUGAGCCUAACCUUAUUUGACGUACAGCUCUCCAGCUAUGUUAUCUUCUUUAAGAAAAAUUGAUUGCAAAAUAUGUGCUGCUUUGCUUGCAUUAUUAAAUAUACAUUAACAUUCCACCAGGGCUUCGAAAGAGGUUAGGAUAUGUAUUACUUCACAUUGUCCUAGUGACAAUUGUGUGAAUUGUUCUGGAAACCUGUUUUUCCCUUGUGGAUGUUAGCAUACCCUUUGGUAUGCCAUAGCUCUGAUUUUACUAAGCAGAACUAUUCUUAACAGCCUGAAGAGCUAAUGUGGGUUCCCGAAAUGCCUGUGCCCAUAAAACGUGGUGUAGGUGCAUUGAUUACACAUCUCUGGGUUACCUGGACAGAAUCUCAUUUGAGUCAUUCUUCAAAGAGGCAAGGACCCAAUCCGUUUUCAUGGAGCUAAUAGUCCAGUGGAAAAGGUUAAACAGGAGCACAAGGUCACUGAUCUGGGUUAGUAGGAGAGAGACAGUGUCACACCCGGGAGAGGAUUUCACAGCUGGAGAACAUUUCACAAAUGAGGUGGGACUAUGUAACCAACAAUGGAAAUGUAUAUGCUUUUAUGAAUAAAUAACUUAUUUCUCAGAUGGCUGAAGAUGGUAAAAUGACUUCAUUCUAUAGCAGUUGUAAAUAAGACAUUUGCUAUUUAUGAAAGAAGUUUAGAUUGGCAUUUAAAGUGUUGAGUGUAUGUGGAAUAGCUAACGGUUUCUUUUAUUUUAAAAAUAUUUUUAAACCAUAGAACAGUCAACAAACUGGCUCUUGAUUUUGUGGAACAUGGCCCCAUAAAACCAUGAAAAAUAAGAGACUGAAAGGGCCUUUUCCCUUAAAAAAAAUCACUUAAUCCAACCUCUCCCCAUUUUAUAGUUGAGGAAACUGAGGCUCAGAGUGGUUGAAGGACUCAAAUUCACUAGACUUCUAGAUGGUGGAACUGGGACUAGUGAAAUUGCUACAGAUUGGCGUCUCCUUUCACUUCAUCAUUGCCCGAAACCGAGGAGGUGCAGUAAAUGCAUUUCAGGCAGGGUAUCUCUAAGCUGUUUUGAACCCUGUGAUAUUAUGUAAUUACAUGCUUGGCUGUCUCCUCCUACCAGAAUGUAAGCCCCGCGAGGCAGGGACUGCCUGUGUUUUGUUCACAGUGUAUCCCCAGAGCCUGGAACAGCGCCUGGCCCCUAGGUGCUCAAUAAAUGUUUGUGGGAUGAAUAAAUGAGGUGGAGGAGCAAGCUAAUGAAAGGAAAACCGUAUGGAGUCUCAGACAAGAAACUCGCUGCUGGCUUCUGCCGCAAGUUUUCUUUACUGCAUCUUCUCAAAGGCAGGAUGCUCAUCUGCAGUGAUGAGAGCCUGCAGGAUUUACUUGGAUGGAUUUUAUGGAAAGUUCAGUGCAAUAAUUGCCUGUUUUGCAAUAGCAGUUUACAUAGUGCAGCAUUCUGCAAAAACCGCAUGGGAUGUGGAUAAGAGAUGUGUAAUGGCCUCAUGACCCGUUAUUCUCUCACCAUUACCACUGAAAAGAAGUUCAAAUAAUUUAUCUUUAAACAUUCUAAACACAUCUAAAACAUUUAGCAUUGCAAUGUCUGAUAUAAACUUUAAAAUGCAAAUGAGUCAGAGCCUUGGAAAGCUAUUAUGAAUCUGUUCAACAUUUCAAAUUGACUAUAAUCUUUUUUUUUUUUUUUGGUGAGGAAGAUCAGCCCUGAGCUAACAUCCAUGCUAAUCCUCCUCUUUUUGCUGAGGAAGACCGGCCCUGAGCUAACAUCUAUUGGCAAUCCUCCUCCUUUUUUUUCCCCCCAAAGCCCCAGUAGAUAGCUGUAUGUCAUAGUUGCACAUCCUUCUAGUUGCUGUAUGUGGGACACCGCCUCAGCAUGGCCAGAGAAGCGGUGCGUCGGUGCGCGCCCGGGAUCCGAACCCGGGCCGCCAGUAGCGGAGCACGUGCACUUAACCGCUCAGCCACGGGGCCAGCCCUGACUAUAAUCUUUUGAAAUGCCUAUAAAUGCUGUACCUGACACUCUGAUAAUCUCUGUAAUAAUUUUUGUUUUUAAGAAGGAAAAAUGCUAUGAUUAUAAGAAAUAAAGGGCAGAAAGUGGUCAUGGCCUAUUAAAGCUAUUCAGAGUGGCCAAGCUUAGUCGUUGGAGGAUACUCAACACCGCAGAUCUGGUGCAGGCAUCUGCUCUGUAUCAAGUGUCUGCUUGGUGGCUCACCCUUCAGUGAGAUGUUCUUAAUCCUCAGCUGUAAUGUAUCACAGAGAGGCUUGGGGACCUGGUCAUUAGAUAAUCGAGUGGCCUAUUGUAAAACAAAAUAUUGGUAUUAUUUUAAUAGCACAUUUGGAAGAAAAUUUUGUCUGUAGGAAGUAGAAAACAUGAGCAGUUAAUCUCUUAUGUAAUAACUUGGGACAUUGUCAUAUAUCAUGAAUUAACAGUCUCCAGAUGAAAACAGCCAGAGAAGAAGUCAUUUUACAGAUGUAAGCCUACGAGCGGAACAGAUUUUAUAAAUAUCGGGAAGAACCUGCACUUCUUUCCACAUCUACUCAUUCCUUAUUCCUCCAAUCUCUGUCCCCAGAGUACCUCCUUAUUAUAUAAACCAUCUUAGGAGAUAAGAAAAAGUUUUCUGGAAAAAACAGAAUUAGGCCUCUACAAUAAAUCUUCAGUUUAACUCACACUUUUAAAUAACUGACAAAAUAUUAUUAUUUUUUAACAGAAGUAAUCAGUCUUUUUAACAUCCCUGAUCUGAUGUGGCACAUGAGCAUUUUCAGAUGCCUGUCUCCCUCUGUGGUGGCAGUGAAGAGGACCCUCCAUGGCUUCUCAUCCCUCUCCUCUCUCUCUUGUGUGAAAUGAGAAAAUGCUACAGGAUUUUAAGUGUGCUUAGGAGGACGUUUUUAGUUCCCUGAAAGAUCCUCUGAGACUAAUUAUUACUGGCAGUUUGGAGGUUUAAAAUGGAUUUUACCAGGUGUAGGCCUUGAGAAAUUCUUGCCUGUAGAAUUUCACUGGAAAAGGAAUUCAUCAGCAUCUACCCAAAAGUUGCAGGUGAAGAAUCAAUGGAUUUGCAUUAUUUAUUUUUUUUUUGGUGAGGAAGGUUGGCCCUGAGCUAACAUCUGUUGCCAAUCUUCCUCUUUUUGCUUGAGGAAGAUUGUCCCUGAGCUAACAUCUCUGCCAAUCUUCCUCUACUUUAUAUG